GAGAGUUCAUCGCGAAAUUUAAUGGGUAAAAAUUGAAUGCCUCGAGUUCUGUUUAAGCUUUCGCCGAAUCGCCGUUUUCUCAAAGAAACGAGAAAAAAAAUUCUCAGGAAACCGCCAAUUUCUCCAUUUCACAUGAUAAUCGGAGCUCUGUAGUCAUGGCGAUCAAUAAACCUGCAGCAAAUUCCGGCUAUGAACGCAUCGUUCUUGCAUCCGCCAUGGCCUCGCGGCUCCUCCUACUCUUCUUAAUCAUUUUCUGGCGCGCUCUCCUCAGCCCUUACGACACCUCCGCAUCUCUGAAUCCUACUUGCUUGAUCGAUCCAUCAUCUUCGCCUCUCGCCGAACAACCAGCUCUGUUUCCUGCAAUUGGAUCUGCCAUUGAGAGCAGCAUUGUCUGGGAUGGCGUCUACUUCGUCCGCAUCGCCCAGUGUGGUUAUGAAUAUGAGAAAUCCUACGCUUUUUUGCCCCUUCUUCCUCUCUGCAUUUCCCUGCUGUCUCGCACAGUGCUAUCGCCUUUGGUUCCGGUAAUUGGGCAUAGAGCUGUGUUGGGACUAUCCGGAUAUGUAAUCAAUAACAUUGCUUUUGUGCUUGCAGCACGUUAUCUUUUCAGGCUUUCACUUAUUAUUUUGAAGGACGCGGAAGCAGCAAUGCGGGCUUCUAUUUUAUUUUGCUUCAAUCCAGCUUCUAUAUUUUAUUCAUCACUGUAUACUGAGAGUCUAUACUCUUUAUUUUCAUUUGGAGGAUUAUAUCACUUGAUGAGUGGCAGAAAUAGUGUUUCUGCUCUUUGGCUCGCUCUGUCUGGUUGUGCUAGGUCUAAUGGAGUGCUCAAUGCUGGUUAUAUCUGUUUUCUGACUAUGCAUUGGGCUUAUGAUGCUCUUUGUCUGAAGAAAUGCGUGCUUCGGACAUUGCAGGUUCUAAUUACUGGAGCGUUUCACUGUCUCUGUAUAUUUGGGCCAUUUGUUGUGUUUCAAGCAUAUGGGUAUUACAACAUCUGCAGUGGACGCUUACCAGAUGAAUUGAGGCCAUGGUGUAAAGCAAGGGUACCUCUGCUAUACAAUUUUGUUCAAAGUCAUUACUGGGGAGUAGGUUUCUUAAGAUAUUUCCAAUUCAAACAGCUGCCAAACUUUCUACUUGCAUCCCCAAUUUUAUCUUUGGCUUCUUUCUCUAUUGCUCAUUAUGCGAAGUCAAAGCCAAAGCUUUUGUUGUCGGUGGGCUUCCAAGCUGCUGCCGAGGAUAGAAAUUCUGCAGCUAUGCUUUACUUUCCAGAACGUGCUUCAAGGUCAAACAUACCUCAGCCUGCGGUGGCAUAUUCCUCCAGGAUACAAGGAAAUCAGAAUCUUAGGCGGAGAAAGCAGAUUAUUGGACAGGAUCCUGCUGAUCUUCCAGUAGAGGAUAAACCAUCCAUGGGGUCGGGAUACUUUUCUGCUUUUGUACUUCCAUUUAUCCUACAUACGGGAUUUAUGGCGGCCACGGCAUUUUUUGUCAUGCAUGUACAGGUCGCAACACGGUUUCUCUCUGCCAGCCCUCCUCUCUAUUGGUUUGCCUCAUAUAUUAUGGUUUCACCUGGUCGCUUUAAGAGAUGGGGAUAUGUGAUCUGGUCAUACUCCGUUGCUUACAUUCUUCUCGGUAGUCUGCUUUUUUCGAAUUUCUACCCUUUCACAUGAUUAGUUCCCAUUAGCUAUGAUAUGGAAGCAUCGUCAGGUCGCUGGUGACCAUGCUAUUGCUUCAUAAAUCCGAUUGAUCAUUCUGGUUAGAACUCAACUCAACUAUUGCUUUUUCGAGUCGUUUAUGAAAGAAACUGGGAUUUGAAGCAAUUCCAAUUGGCUUUUGCUGUAGUUGAGUUUCAUCAGAAUUCAUCCAUUGAUGACAUCAAUGAGCAGAAUGAUGGUGGACUAUGUUCCUUAUCAGCUUCAAGGAUUAAGAUCUCAUUACAUAUGUUGUGUUUAUAGCUCUGAAAUUGAGAUCAGACCACAGAUAUUAAUCAUUGGUAUUGUAGUGCAAAGAAUUUGAAUGGUUGUGAAGGGGAUUCGUUCAGAUGUGAUCGACCUUGUGGCUAUCACUUUAUGAUAGAAAUGAAGAAGAUUUUUAACCUUGACCACGUUGAAUAA